AUGGGUAAAGCUCAAUAUAAGAAGAAGACGCAAGAAAGGAGACAUAAUCCUCUGAGGGUUCCCGAUGCUCAUCUGGGAAGUGGGAAGGGGGAAGGAAAAGCUGAUCCAGCAAAGGAGAAGCAGAUGUUGCCUAUUCUCAACAAACUCAAAUCGCCAGAGUAUGCCGAUAGAACAUGGGCAUGUGCUGCUAUAUGCAAUCUCAUCCAGAAUGAUGCAGCUACCAGACGAUUGUUUCAAGGAAGAAAUGUUGUUGGUGAGCUCAUUGAAAGACUAUCAGAUGGCGUGGAUGAGGUGGUUGUAGAAGCUUCGGGAGCUCUGAGAAACUUGGCGAUUGAUGGUGGACAUGAGCUUUGCGGUGAAAUGGCAAACAAAGGUCUCAUGUCUCAUCUUACGGUACUCAUUGGCAAGAUCUCUAAUACCAUUGACUCCAUCAUAUCCUCUUCUCAACCCCAGAAGCUCACCGAAGAGCAAUUUCAGGGCAGAAAGCACCUUCUUGCCUUAGCAGAAAAUGUCAUUUCCCUCAUAUGGAGUUUAGCAGAAGCCAACCCAAAGACGUUGCAGGCUGUCAACGCUCUUGGUUGUGAGAGUCUUUUGGUGAAGGUUUUGGCCAGUAGAGAAACCCUUGGUCUUGGUGUUUCUCUGGCAGCAGCACAAGCCCUUUACUCUUUGACUCAAGAUAACCCGCCUUUUAGACGAGCGUUUGUCAGUUAUCCAAGUGCUUUAGAGACUGUUAUCAGCGUUAUCGAGGAGGAUCAUGCACUAGUAGAAAGCAGCCAACAAGCAAAGACUCGAAAAGGCAAGGGAAAGGAUAAACAGGUCAAUGGAGCUGAGCAAGAUGAGCUGCCAGAUGGAAGAGCUUUGUUGAGAAGGGUAUUGGCUUCGGGCAUCCUAAAAAAUACCGUUUUGGCAGGGUCAAGGACAGACGAAAAGGUCAAUGUUUUAGCCUUAACUAGUGGAACUAUCCUUCCUCUCGUGAAUGGUCUGUUGGACGUCAACCUUUCAGAUAUAUGCAGUAGAGUCUCAGAACUAGCACAGCUACUACCAAAAGAAGGUGCGAUUAAUCCCGGCAAGGACUUCAAAACAGACCAUCGAUCACCGGUCGAAGUUUCAUUGGAGCGUAUCGAAAGGAAUCUGAUGACAGUGGUGAUCGCUUUGGAGGUCCUUACCAACGUAUGCGCAGGAUUGGAAGACGAGGAGGAGGCAAUAUUCAAUGGAGCAGAGAUUAUAGCAGAGGGUGAAGACGAUGAGAUUGAUGAGGACGAAGACAUGGAAGAAUUAUUUGCGGACGAAGAUCUCAUAGCGAUGGGCAGAGAUCCAUCAUUGAUAAUUGACGAAAAUCUUCAAUCUACCACUAUCAAUCCUGGCGCAACCCUUUCACACCUUCUCAGCACCCUUCAGCUUCCUACUAGACUCAAUAUCCUUUCUCAACUUACACCUCUUUCCUUCCCUCCUGCCAACAAUCAGCCAUCUAUACAUCCUCCCACAACUUCUGUUCUCUCUGUACUCCACAUCAGAGCUCUUGAAGCCCUCAACAAUUUGCUCUUGACUACCGUGGCGGCUGUGCCCUCGAACGACGCUGCCGCAUCGCAACUCACGGGAACCAUACCAGUACGAGACUUGUGGUCGAGCAUGUUCAGCCUCAUCCGAACUAUUGGCUCCGAGCCGGACGCACUGAAUAUGAAAGGUCAAGAGAUGAGAGUGGAGGUCUUACAAAUGGCUCUCGGUUGUGUCUGGGGAACCGCUAAGCUCGGCGCCCGAGAUCUGGAUGUCCAAAAUCAAAACAUACAAACUUUGAUUGACUCAACUGCCGUGCUGAGAUCGGAGGUUUCCAAAGUGAGAGUUAUUGAAACUCUCGCUUCGCUCGCCGCUCGGAAAUCUGUCUCUGACGAACAGAACAAAGUGAUCGGCACAUGGCUUCUUCAAUUGCUAACUUCCUCCGCUUCCCUCACUGCCGAGGUGCUCAUCGCUACGCUGAAUGCUAUAAUUGACAUCUACGCUGAUGAGACUCGGUCUUACGAUCGAGCAGUCUUCGUUCAAGGAGGAUUCCUGGAAGCUUUAAGCGGGUCUGUAGCUAAAGUGAGAGCCGAGGUCAAGAAAAUCGAUAAGAGAAAAUCCAGACAACUUCGUACUCAAGGUGAAGAAGUUUAUGAGAAUUUAGUAGCUUUCAUCAAAUAUCGACGCAGUCUUCGUCUAUGA